CAGAGUUGUGUGGGGAGAAAUGGAUGAGAGGACGGGGUCAAGUGAUGCCAGUGUGGGCUUGGGCACCACCACCACCUCUGGCGUCACUCUGAUGAUAGGGUCAAGUGGCACCAGUGUAGGCCUGGGCACCGCCACCUCUGCCUUCACACUGGUGGCUCAAAAAUGUGCCAUCAAUGUUGAACUAGUUGGGGAUGACUAUCGAGAACUGAGAGGAGAGAUAGCUGGUCCUCCUGAUACUCCGUAUGAGGGGGCAACCUUUCACCUUGAAAUUAAAGUACCAGAAACAUACCCUUUUAAUCCUCCUAAGGUAAAAUUUGUCACAAAAAUCUGGCACCCCAACAUUUCGUCAGUUACUGGUGCUAUUUGCUUGGACAUCUUGAAAGAUCAGUGGGCAGCAGCAAUGACCUUGCGAACAGUACUACUAUCUUUGCAAGCAUUGCUGGCAGCAGCAGAACCUGAUGACCCUCAAGAUGCAGUGGUGGCCAGACAGUUCAAAGAAAACCAUGCUCUCUUCCUCCAAACAGCUCAGUACUGGUCACACAUCCAUGCUGGAGUGCCCAAAGGCAACAGCGAGUUUUCUAACAAAGUUCGAUGUCUGAUGGAUAUGGGGGUAGGAGAACACCAAGCUCUUGUUGCUCUGUCAUCUUGCAACUGGGAUAUGGACCGAGCAAUUGAACAGCUAUUCUCAUAGAUGCAUGCAGUAGCCAUUAUUAGGUAAAAUAUUUCUCUCUGACAAAUUUUGGAAAAGGGAUGGGGGGGAGCUCACACCUAGAUUAGUGAUAAACUGCCAUUUAUUACUUUAGCCGUAUUGUAACUCUCACUUUUGCCUUCAAUACAUACAUAAUAUAUAUAUAUAUAUAUAUAUAUAUAUAUAUAUAUAUAUAUAUAUAUAUAUAUAUAUAUAUAUAUAUAUAUAUAUAUAUAUAUAUAAUAUAUAUAUAUAAUAUAUAUAUAUAAUAUAUAUAUAUAUAUAUAUAUAUAAUAUAUAAUAUUACAUCAUAAACACCAUCUGGAGUUCAGUGGACUUCAAAACCAUGUUGUGCAAAAGAUAUCAGAGAUGUUUGCUGAUCUGGCAGAGCUUUAUAUUUACUCUUUAAUUUAUCAGGAAGUACAGUACUUUUGAAGUUAUCAGGUGCUAAAAUGCUUGUCUCAGUAGAACUCACUCUGAAUAUAGGUACUCUGCUCUAUAUUACUAUGGUAGCAAUUACAAAAUUUUAAGUAAUUUUAUUAUUCUAUGAUUAUUGUUUAAUCUUUUAAGUUAUUUACAUUAUGCAUGAGUACCUUUUUGUAGUCAUAUUUUUGUAUGUUACAUUUUAUAGCAUAUAAUAUUAAUUGCUGAGCUUGUGUAAGUAAGACAAGUAAAUGUACCAAUUAGUAUUUGCUUCUCUGCAUGUUGUACAGAUAAUAUUAUGUGAAGGGGUCUUGAACUUGGGAUGAACAUGCAGGUUAACAAGAUACAGACAUGACCAUUCACAUUUUCUUUAGUUGCAGUUCAGUGGCUAAAGUUAAGUCCCUUGCUUUCCUGAGAUUUUUGUGAUCUGUUUAAUAGUAUUUAAAUGUGUGGACACUCAUACUUGGUUUUGAAAAAAAUAUAUAUUUUUAGGAAUUUAUUCACCGGGUUUGAAAUAUGUUUUCUAUUGACUAGUUUUUAACACUAAAGUUUCAGUCCUUUACCUCAAAAACACCAAAGAAAACUGUUUGAUCUCAUACUUUUUAUCAGUAAUUCUUAAAUUUUGUCAAGCAUGGGAGUCCCACUGACAGCAGGCUCAGUCAUGGCACACUGUGUUGGCCAGUAAUGGGGAUACCAGUGGUUAGAUUUGGUAUCUUGUUAGCGUUCAGUACAGGAUUUAUAAUGGCACUAGGCCAACAUUUGAAAAGGGGCCCCAUUCAUGCAGAUUUUAACACAACAGCAUUAUUACAAUACAGUAUGGAUAUGUAUGUAAUAGUAAUGUACAUGGCAGUACUGUGAAAUUAUUUUCCAAAUAUGGCCCAUAAUUCUGUAUGGUGCCAGACCUACAGAAGGUUCAUCUGUUGUGAUAGCAGUAAUAAUGAUGAAAAUCAGUAAAUGUAAUGAUCUGGUCUCAAAUCAUACCAUUUUUCUUCUUAAGUGCAAAUAUAAUUCGAUUAAUAAAUUAUUCCAGUAGUAAGUCAUCUCGGUUGUAAAAUAUUGACCUGUAUUAGUAAAUCUUGGAAAAUGCUUGCCAUUUCAAUUUUCAUAUUUGUCAUAGAUUAACAUUCUAUAUUUCUAGAUCAGUUAUAGAUUAUGGACUUUUGAUAGUAAUAAUAAAUAAGGUUUCUGAGAAACUUGGCAGACAAAUUAACUUGUUGGAGUAAUGACAACUAAAUAUUUACUUGUCUUACUUACUUUGGUUAUUAGUCAGUCUAAGCAUCCAUGUUCCUUUUUUUUUGCUUUUAAUGAGUAGCUGAAGUGUUUAAUUGGCAUAUGCAAUACCUGUGCUUAAGAGAAAGUGCUUGACUAUAAUGUUAUCUGAUUGACUACUUUUAUAUUGGGAAAGCUCAGAGCAUUUAUUCCUGGAGCUUGCAUGAAAUGUUUACCAGCAGUUGUUGAAGCACAUAGAUGUUAUCACUCAUAUCAUGUAUUCCUCAUUUAUUGUGUAGGCUGCAUAAAUGAUCAAGGACCAUACUACCCUGUGUCAAUGUUGUUUGCUACCUGCCACCAUUUGUUGUGCUGCCCUCAGUAAAAGUGAUGUUUUUUGUUGCGACAAUCGCGUUACCUUUGGUUAAGUUUCCUGUUACUAGUUUCGUGAAGAUAAUUUUUUUACGGUACAGUAUUUAAAUUGCUUUUGAUGUGUUUCAUUCUCUAAUAUGUGCAUAGCAUGAAAAUCAAACAAAAAUUUAAA